AUGCGGAACGUGCCAUUCAUAUUGUCCUCUGAGGUUUAUGUGGACGAGCUGAAAGAAUGGAUAAGCAAGGAGCUGGGACAGUGCAGGGAGCCGGCAGUUAACGGGUGGUUUUUGGACUCUCGACCACGGCGAAAAGCUGUGAAGUUCGAAGUUGUGCUGCACCAAAAAGCACCAGGGGUUCUGAUUCCAACUCGGAAGGUUUAUGCUUUACGACUCGACAUUGAUAUACAAGGUCGAGGGAUAGAACAGCAACACGGGGUACUACCCAGUGGCACGUAUGCCCAUACUCAGACAUACAUCGUCAUAUAUAUAUAUAUAUAUAUAUAUAUGCCGAUAGAGAUACGGAUAUGUCACUGGGGAAAAGAGAGAAUCAUCCGGAUCUUUUCAGGUGAGCGUUCGCUGUUUUUACAUUCACCGAAAUGA